GAAAUUGUUGGUGUGCGAGUGUUAAUCUAUACUGUAAAAGGUGUGAAUAUCAACGAAAAUAUCAGGGUACUGUUUUAGCACCUCCGUUGGAAAGAGAAUAAGCUCUUCGGAUUUAAAUCAAAAGCCAGGACUCAACACACCUGAGCCAGAGUGUGUUACAGCACACAGCAGGGUCAGUGAUGUACACCACACACACACAUCACUGAUUAAAAUAGAAACUGAUCUGGGCUCCUCCCACACUGGCGAUCUUAUUAAGACCGAGAGCCUCGACAGUGCAGAGCUGGGAUAUGUACGAGAUAUGUACGAGAUCAAAACAGAAGCUGAUGAUGGAGGAUACCGUCAGGCAGAACACAUCAGUGACUUGCAGGAUAUUAUAUGUGUUAAUAUUAAAUCUGAUGAAAUGAAGUGUGAAUCCAGUGAAGGUUUAGUGAGUGCUCUCAUGAAUACUGUGAUAACUGGAGCUGGUGUUGAUCACAAAGACCAGACUGAACCAUGGCAAUAUACAGGAGGGCCAAUGCUGACCCAACGGAGUAAUUUAAAUCCUCACUGUGACGUAAUCAAUGGAAACAAGCAUGUCCAGGAUCUUUCCCGGGCACCCACUCCACUGGUUCCCACCGGGGAAGACUCUGAGGAGUCCACAGGCCCUGACGGACAGCUGGGCUACCAGCACGUUACCCGGCUGGCCAGCGCCUUAGUGGACUUGAGGGGACUGGACUGGGUGUCGGACGCCAAGGUGGACAAGCUGGUGUGUCUGUGGAGCGCUCUCCCGGACGCAGACAAAAGCCGGCUUGUCUGCCCUUCCCGGCACCAGGAGAGGCUCGUGAAGGGGCGGUUCAAGGCAACGAAGAGCAAGACCUCUGUCGUGGCAGGAAAGGAGAAUCUCCAACAUUGCCUUCUUGGACAAGCCUCGGGUCCUGCAAUUUGGCCGAGCACCAGUCGCCUGGUGGAGGCCAUUUGUAGCCAGCUCUGCCGCCUGCACCCCACCGGGUACACGUCCAGAGGAGUCCGGAGGACGCGGUGGGCGGCAGUGCUCACGGAUUAUACCCACAUCCGCGAGCUCGUGCUGGACAACCCGAGGCUGAUGGCCCGGACCGCACUGCAGCUGUUUGAGCUGAACCAGCGCACUCUCUCCCAGUGGUUCUCCCGGAGGCAGAAGGAGUGGGAGAGAACUGUGCUGGAGCAGGCCGUGGUGGCUCCCUCUACUCCGGCUGUCGCUUCCCAGCCGUUGCCACGGCAGCUCCUUCGGGGUGACGAGGCGAGCGGACAGCCGCCAUUCGUCUUCAUCACCCCAGAAGACCGGUCGCGCCAGGCCACCCAGCACAGACGGAUCGCUCACGUGCCCAUCCUGCCAUCCUCCGGCGUCCCAGCCCAGCUCGACACCGCAGCGCCACCGCCCGUUCCACGGACAACAGCGUGGCGGCGGCGCAAAGAGGCGGAGAGAGCGGGGGCGGGAGGCGCCAUUCCGCCAAAGCGGCGGAAUCCGGUGGAGUACAUCUGCGCGCGGUGCAAACAGCCGAAGCGGCGGGAGUUCGGGCACAGCCGCUUCGGCAAAGUGUCUUUCUGCGCCACUGCCGUCGGAAGGUCUGUGGAGGAGUGGCUGGCAGAGAUGAAGGGCGCUCAGGAGCGAAGCGUCCAGGAGGACGCUCAGGAGCAAAGUGCCCAGGAGGACGCUCAGGAGCAAAGUGCCCAGGAGGACGCUCAGGAGCAAAGUGCCCAGGAGGACGCUCAGGAGCAAAGUGCCCAGGAGGACGCUCAGGAGCAAAGUGCCCAGGAGGACGCUCAGGAGCAAAGUGCCCAGGAGGACGCUCAGGAGCGAAGUGCCCAGGAGGACGCUGAUCCACCUGCUGGGCGGCGGACGCCUUAUCCCUGUAAAUAG